AGGCUAUUUUUGUUCAAAGCUGAUACUUCUGCCUGAGCCACAAGCCCAGCUUCGAAAGGGCUCAGGUUGUUUCCAGGGGGAGAACUCUGCAGAGAAGAGACGAAGUUCAACAGGACAAUAAAAGAACAGCAGAAACAGCCAGGAAAACGAAGAGCCUUCACGUUUUUCACACAGAGCCCCCUAUCAGAGUUCUCGAAUUCUAAAGUAUUCUGCAAAGUGCCACUUGACCGGAACUUUUGGCCUGCCUUUUCCAUUCUCCAACCAUCAUGACUGAGAUCACUGCUGAAGGAAAUGCAUCAACUACCACAACUGUGAUCGACAGCAAAAAUGGAUCGGUGCCCAAAUCCCCUGGAAAAGUGCUGAAGAGGACAGUCACAGAGGACAUAGUGACAACAUUCAGCUCCCCAGCAGCCUGGCUUCUAGUCAUUGCUCUGAUAAUCACAUGGUCAGCUGUUGCUGUUGUUAUGUUUGACCUAGUGGAUUACAAAAACUUUUCAGCGAGCUCAAUUUCCAAGAUUGGCUCAGAUCCUCUAAAACUUGUACAUGAUGCUGUGGAAGAAACCACGGACUGGGUCUAUGGCUUCUUUUCUCUGUUGUCUGAUAUCAUCUCGUCUGAGGGCGAUGAAGAAGAUGAUGAUGAUGGGCAUGAGGACACUGAUAAAGGAGAAAUAGAGGAGCCUCCCUUGAAACAAAAAGAAAUACACAAAGAAAAGACUGAAAAGCAGGAGAAAACUGAAAGGAAAAUACUAACUAAAGUUGCACACCGAGAAAAAGAAAAAGUAAAAGAAAAAGAAAAAUCUGCAAAGAAAGCAACUCACAAGGAAAAAAUUGAGAAAAAAGAAAAACCAGAAACAAAGACAAUGGCAAAAGAAGAGAAGAAAGCCAAGGCGGAAGAGAAGAUUAAAAAGGAAGUGAAAGGUGGGAAACAAGAGAAAGUGAAGCCAACAGCUGGAAAAGUCAAAGAAGUACAGAAAACACCACCUAAGCCCAAAGAGAAGGAGGGGAAAGAGUCUGUGGCUGUGUCCAAGCAUGAACAGAAAGGUAAACAUUCAGAGGAGGUGGCCAGAGGUUCUAAGAGAACAUUGGGCAAGAAGCAGAUACAGUGA